AUGGACCCGCAGCAGCGUCUCCUACUGGAGGUCGUUUAUGAGGCCCUAGAAGAUGCCGGGAUUACUCUGGAUGAAAUCCAAGGAUCUUUAACCUCCGUCUACUGUGGCUGUUUCACGAACGACUACAACGCCAUGACGACCAAAGACCUCGAAUACUAUCCCAAGUACACCGUUACCGGCACAGGCAAUUCCAUCCUGGCGAACCGCAUCUCGUACUUUUAUAAUCUACACGGGCCCAGUGCGACUGUCGACACUGCUUGUUCUUCUUCCCUGGUGUGCUUCCACUUGGGUGCGCAGUCCCUCCGCGACGCAGAGGCUGACAUCUCUAUCGUCGUUGGAUCGGCGCUGCAUUUUGAUCCGAAUAUUUUUAUCACCAUGACAGACCUGGGCAUGUUGUCGACAGACGGUCGCUGUCGACACGGAGACGCUGCAGGCAGUGGGUAUGUCCGUGGUGAGGGUAUUGCGGCGAUGGUCUUGAAGCGCCAGGACCGCGCACAGGCGGACGGGGACCACAUCCGUGCUGUUGUGCGCGGUACCGGUGUCAACCAUGAUGGUCGCAAACAGGGCAUUACGUUGCCCUCUGCUCGUGCCCAGGCGGAUCUGAUCACGAGCACAUACGAAAGGGCUGGCCUGGAGCCGGCAGAGACGACUUAUGUUGAGUGUCACGGCACAGGGACAAAAGCCGGUGAUCCGAGAGAGCUUAGGGCUGUCCAUGAAGUAUUUUGCCGUCAUCGUCCAGACACGCUGCAUGUUGGCUCGGUGAAGACGAACAUCGGCCAUUUGGAGGGUGCCUCUGGUAUCGCCGGUUUGAUGAAGGCGACAAUGGCAUUGGAGAAGAAAAUCAUUCCUCCGAAUAUGCACUUCUCUACUCCAAACCCAGAAGUGGACUUUAAGAACUGGAAGCUGGAGAUCCCAACCGAACCAAAGGUGUGGGAGAUGGGAAGGCGUACUAUCCCUCGCCGAGCUUCGAUCAAUUCUUUUGGCUAUGGAGGGACAAACGCUCACGCUAUACUUGAGGAGUAUAACUCCUUCGGCUCAAAAACUACUGCAUGCCAGCAGCCAACCGUUUCUCUCCCGCCCGAACUGGCGGCAAUGGUCGAGCGCAGGCCGUAUCUACUGCCAUUAACCUCCCACUCAGAGCGAGCGGGAGAGCUCUGGGCUGAACGUCUAGCCCAGUACCUCACCGAAAAUGAGGCCAGCGUGGCUGACGUGGCUCUCUCGCUAUCAACGCGUCGAACAAUGCACCGAUUCCGAUCCUUCGCCGUAUCCGCCGACAUGGAAAAGGUGAUCGAGCGGAUCCGGGAUCCUCCGCCUGGUGCAGCCUGGAAGAGCAAACUCGACACCAUCCCACGGAUCGGCUUUGUGUUCACCGGCCAAGGUGCACAAUGGUUUGGGAUGGCCCGCAGCUUGCUUGAACAAUGUCCACUAUUCUUACAGACAAUCCGAAAGUGUGACAGGAUCCUGCAGGCCUUACCAUCCCAUCGUCCAACCUGGUCUGUGGAAGCCGAGCUUCUAAAGUCCCAACAGGACACAAUGCUAGGGAGAACGGAGUACUCUCAACCCAUUUGUACAGCCGUCCAGUUAGCUCUAGUCGAUGUCCUCGCACACUGGGGAGUGAAGCCCUCCGGCGUGGUGGGCCACAGUAGCGGUGAACUGGCUGCUACAUAUGCUGCGGGCCUUCUUUCCUUCGAAAACGCUCUCGUCGCGGCGUACUACCGUGGAGUGCAUAUGGGCUCCGGUGCGGCGGCUCCAGGAUCUAUGCCUGGCGCCAUGAUGGCUGUUGGAAUGACUGAGGCAGAAGUUACGGCUGAACUGGAGCCAUAUAGGGGUCGGAUUGCCAUCGCCGCUAUGAACAGCCCGUCAAGCUUUACAGUUUCUGGAGAUGAGGAUGCUGUUGUUGAAUUGCAGCAGGCUCUCACGGAUCGGAAGGUGUUUGCUAGGCGGUUGCAGGUAGCACAAGCGUGCGUCUUCGUCCAUUCCCUUGUUAUUAAAAGAUACUGA